AUGAAGCUUCUACUUCUCGUUUCUUCUGUCCUUUCCGUUGCCAGCUUGACUCAAGCAGCUGAUCAUUACUCUCAUCCUUGCGAAGAGACUUACAACGCUGUCCAGGCUGACGAUUGCAAAUCAAUUGCUGCCGCUUACGGUGUCACUGAAGUAAACCUUCAACAAUGGAAUCAAUAUUUUGAUCCCAAAUUUCAAUGUAAUGACUUGAGUGCAGGCGAUCAUGUCUGUGUAAAGUUCAAUGAAAAGUUGCUCAAGAGAGCUGCUGCUGAUGCCCACAAGAAAAAAGCACCUGGCUCCCACAAAUCGAAGAAACCUGCUCAUAAGGGCAAGAAGGGACUUUCUCAUGGAAAAGCAGCUGCCCACAAAAAGAGCGUUGUUCAUAAGAUGGCAUCUUCCCACAAGAAGGAUACUACGCACAAGAAGGAUACUACGCACAAGAAGGAAGCUGCCCAUCAUAAGAAAGCUCCCGCUCAUAAGAAGAGCGUUGCUCAUAAGAAUGCUCCUGCUCACAAGAAGGCCCCUGUUCAUGGCAAGAAAUCAUCCCACCAUAAGAAGGUAUCUCCUCAUAAGAAAGCUCCCGCUCAUAAGGGUCUCGGUAAAAGAUCUCGCAAGGACGAAUCCAGUGCUAGCUCUGAUGUCUCUGUUACUAAGCAUCAUAAGAAGGAAAAGAAGCACCACAAGAAGGAGAGAAAGCACCAAGGCAGCAAGCAAGGUUCUCAGUAA